GGAUGGUGUGUGCCUUGAAUGCGGGGGAUCUAACGCGGCAGGACAGCUCUAGCAAGGGGCUCAGCCGUGCCAAGCCGGACCAGUAGCCAGCCGGCAGGUGGUGAAGCUGUGCACCAGGUGGUGGGGCCCUCCCGGCCAGCCACCAGCUGCCAUGGAGCCGUCUCCUCCAUACACUGAGUCACCGACAGUGGAGGACAUUCCUGUCUGCUGCGACUUCACCACCUGCUGCUACUCAGGGCUUUGUGCUGUGCUCUGUUUCUCUGGCAUCGCCAUCACCUUCAUCUUCAGCUCGUCGUGGCCGGGGCCGAUGUCGCUGGACAUGAUGACGGCGCGCCAGACCUGGCUGCUGGGACCCGUGCUCAUCCUGCUGGGCCUGCUCGUCGCCGUCAAGACCAUGAUGCACGUGCGCAAGCAGCGGCUGAGCGCCCUGGGCCGGCGCAGGCGGCGGCGUCGACCGCGCGGCUCGCUGGCGCUCGAAGAGGUCGACUCUGGCCUGGAGGUGGCGCUGCCGCCGCGCGGCCAUGACCUGCCGCCCUCCUACGAGGAGGUGAUGAAGUUGAUGCAGGAGGAGCGGCGGGGUCCUCCGCCGCCUCCGCCGCCAGCGGCGGCUGCGGCGGCAGUAGCAUCCUGAGGCACACCGGGCCGCCGGCUCCGGCGCGCGAGCCGGGCCGCGGGCGGACGGCACAGAAGUACCUGUGAGACGCACAGGCGAGGGCGGGUACCGCCGCGCGCGCCUGCUUUUUGCAAUAGCGAGUCGAUAGAGCAGGUGUAGUGGAAGCGUUUGGAGGCGUUUUUCCGUGGGCACAGUGCAUUAGUGUGGCCCGGGCCGCGCGUUACGAGCGCGGAGCGGUCCGUUCAUCCUCUCCGCUUGAUGUUUUGGACGUCCGAAGCGUGGUCACUAGCUGUCUAGUGUCCAGUGGGCACUGUGUCAGAUGUUGUCGGUGUGGCACGUCUAGAGGAGUCGCCAACUCCGCGUCGAUGUCUAGCACACGCCUUUUCCAGUAUGUCGGGUCGGGACCAGUUGCUACUCUCCCGGCGUUCGUCGGCGUCUGCUGGAUCACAGCUAGUACCAUCACUAACGCUGACUGGUGCCUGUGAACAUGACUGCGCUGUCUUAUUGUCGCCGUGCGCUCAUCGGCUGAUUAUGGUGUUCGGCAGUACCCUCUGCCCCGAGUCUGACCAACCACGAAGCUGUUGAGCCU